AUGAAGGAGAAGAUUGAGGUGAUGAGUAAAACAAUAUCAGCAUCACUGUAUGGUUCAGAACCUGUAUGGUUCAGAUUGAACCUGUAUGGUUCUGAACCCAACCCCACAGCAGUAUAACUCUAUUAUGUAUGGUUCUGAACCCAACCCCAGAGCAGUAUAACUCUAUUCUAUAUGGUCCUGAACCGAACCCCACAGCAGUAUAACUCUAUUCUGUAUGGUUCUGAACCCAACCCCACAGCAGUAUAACUCUAUUCUAUAUGGUUCUGAACCCAACCCCACAACAGUAUAACUCUAUUCUGCAUUGUUCUGAACCUAACCCCACAGCAGUAUAACUCUAUUCUGUAUGGUUCUGAACCCAACCCCACAGCAGUAUAAUUCUAUUCUGUAUGGUUCUGAACCCAACCCCACUGCAGUAUAACUCUAUUCUGUAUGGUUCUGAACCCAACCCCACAGCAGUAUAACUCUAUACUGUAUGGUUCUGAACCCAACCCAACAGCAGUAUAACUCUAUUCUGUAUGGUUCUGAACCCAACCCCACAGCAGUAUAACUCUAUUCUGUAUGGUUCUGAACCCAACCCCACAGCAGUAUAACUCUAUUCUGUAUGGUUCUGAACCCAACCCCACAGCAGUAUAACUCUAUUCUGUAUGGUUCUGAUCCCAACCCCACAGCAGUAUAACUCUUUAUUGAUCUUCCAGAACCAAGAACACAGGGUCAGAUCCAGAUCUUGUUUCAGGAGCGCUGAUCGAUGUGGCAAAGCACCUGGGCAACCUGCAGUUCACAGUCUGGGAGAAGAUAUGGAAUAUGGUCCAAUUCAGUGAGUAUUGCCUUAUGACUAAAUAA